GUCAGCUUGGGUAUUGUGUUCGAGGUGCAAGGCUUGACCCUGCUGAUAUUUUCAGAUGACUGUCGUUUGAAUGGAGAAGGUGAUUAGCGUACAGCACAGGGCUUCCCUGGCUUGUGUUUCCACCGCUGAUUAUAGAUCAGAUUUUAGAUUUUUUUUUCUAGUUUUAUAACAGUGCGUUCAUCACGGCACGUUAUUGAUUUAUUUUGUUCGCCAGCAGUGUCGUGAUGUUCAACAACCGGAAGUAGUUAGCAUUGUGGGACUUGUAGUUCCGUUCUGGCGCUCCUGGGGUCGAUAACAGCGCGCGGAGGAGAAAAACAAAACUAAACAUUUUAAUAAUUAAAACAAAAUAUUUCACUGGAUUGCAAAAAAACAAAACGAAGUUAGGCUUCCCGCUAAGCAUGCCUGGCUUCACGUGUUGCGUCCCCGGCUGCUACAGCAACUCCCACCGGGACCGCGAACUGCGCUUCUACACCUUUCCAAAGGACCCCGUGCAGAGAGAUAUCUGGCUGAAGAACAUCUCCCGGACCGGGGUGAGCGGCUGCUUCAGCACCUUCCAGCCCACCACCGGCCACCGGGUCUGCAGCAUCCACUUCCCCGGGGGCAGGAAGACCUACAGCAUUCGGGUGCCGACCCUGUUCCCGCUACGCGGCAUAAACGAGAAAAGGGGCAGGCGAGGGAGGAACAGAAAAGUGUCUGCUCCUGCUGCCGCUGGUGUUGUUUCCACUCCUGCCUCUGCAGCUACUGUUGCUGCCACGGUAGACGUGACAGCAUCGUACGCGUCCACUUGCAGCCUCCUCAUCGCAGUGAAACACGAAGAUACCGGCAUUGGUGCCAGCUACCAGGGGCUGAAUGACCCAAGCGCUGAGACCGAGCGCAAGAGGGGACCGGACGAGGCAAAGCCCAUUGACCUGACGGUGCAACAAGAAGCCGACGGGUACUGCGAGCCAGUGACGGCGUCCACCUCGGAGGGGGAAGGCUUUCCGGCGGCCCCAGGUGGAGAAUUUACUUACCCUACAACGUCCACCCUAACCGUCGCUCCGAUUGUGGUGUACAACGGCAAGGAGACAUUUGAUCACUCGUACUCGCUGACGUCCGGAACCACCUCCACGGAGCUGCUGAAGAAACUGAACGAGCAGCGGGAUAUCAUCGCCCUGAUGGAGGUCAAGAUGAAGGAGAUGAAGUCUACCAUCCGACAGCUCAGGAUAACAGAGGCGAAGCUGAAGGAAGAGGUGAGGGACAGAGACAGGAUCCUGUCCAUGGCUGUAUUAAGGAAGAAGCACGGCGUGUAAUUGUGACUGUGUGUUUCUUUAUUAAGAAAGAAAAGGAAUGGAAAUUUAAAAAAAAAAAAGAAAAGAAAAAAAAAACAAUUUUUAUAAGGGAUUCCAAAAGUUGUGUACAAAAGGAGACAGUAACAGUAAAGUAUAACUUUACAUUGUCAUAAAUGUUUGGGUUUUUUUUGCUUUAAAAAAAAGUUGUUACUAAUGCUAGCUAGUUAUUUUAACAUGUUAGCUUAUAAUAUCAUAAAACAAACUAGCAUUGUGGGUUUUUUUUUUUGCUCAAAGGCUUGGUUGCUGCAGAAGCUCGGAAUGAUUGGACAUAGUUGUAUCUAAACAUUUUUUUUUUUUUACUGUAUUAUUCACGAGUUUACUAUCACCUUUGGGGUUUACCAUCCCAGCCAAGACACAUUUUCAAUCAACAGGUGAUUUAGUUUGUAAAGCAAUUUGGCUACCCAAAAAGUGUGGAUUCUCCAACUGCAGUAUCAUUUGCUCCUCAUACAGUGUGUGAUGUUGAACAUUGCCUCAGAACUGAGGGUCCAGGAAGUCAACACUCCACAUCACAGAGAGGUCUCUUUCAAACUGAUUGGAAAUGAGAAACAUGGCUGUGCAUCGCUAUUUGAAAUGGGAUUCAUUUACUUUUCAAGCUCAAUACUGCAGCUUUUUAAAGAGGAGAGCGAAGUAGUGAAGAAGGUUACUGUGGUGCUCAAGGUGUGGGGUGCACGAUGAAGAAGGGGUGCAGUUAAGGGAUACUGGUUUCCAAGAAGCCCCCCGCGGUGCUCUUCUCCAGUAAGCUGUGCGGGGUGCAAGCCAUCUCCACGUGCCUUAGUCUCUCCCAGCUAUUCAACUGGGUGCCAGCUGGGCCCCUGCAUUGAAAAGAGAAGCCACAUCAGGAAAGGGAAAGAUCUGACAACUCAACUCUAAAACAAGGAACAGGGAUUCAGUGUCAGCCAAAGACAUUUACUGAGCUGCAACUUAUUACAGGGAUGGACGUUAGACUCCCAUUGCAGAGCAGUUUGAUAUAUUCCUGGUUUUACUAGGAGUUUAACGAGACACGCCUGAGCUUGUUAC